AUGUAUAUUAAUCUUAAAACUUCUACUUCUACUUUCUAUAUAGGAAAAGUUUUUAUGCCUUUCAAAUUUUUUAACAGUAGCUACUAAUUAAAUGCUUUUGACAUGAAUGAAAACUUGAAAUACAUUAUGAAAGAAAGUUGUUGUAGUUUUAAUAUAUGUUGUGGGGGAUGUGAUUGCAAAAAAACAUGUAAAGAGCAAUAUUUUAAAAUAUAUGAUUAAAAUUAUUAAGGAUUAACGGCUGUAAAGGCUAUAAAUUACAACUGCCAAAAAUCUUGUUUAAGAGCAAAUUAAGACAAAAUACAUGAAUUUCCUAAAAGUGCUUCAACAUAAGAUAAGAUUUUACUCAUAGCUACAAUAAUUAUGUAUGAUAUGACAUUUUUUGAAAUGGAUUGUAGAAGGAGAUGA